AUGUCGACCAACACCUCAACUCAACCUAAGAUAGACGAGUCUUGGGUCUGCAAUAAUUCAAAGUGUAAGAAGAGAAUGACAGCUCGGCUUCCACUGGGCGAUCACCCUAUGUAAGUUCAAUCUAAGAUGGUCUACUGUAGACCUAAUGUUUUAGGAUAUUCAUUUAUGAUUUACAGGUGCUGCGGCCAGGCUAUGUGUCCACCAGCGAACCUUGCCAAAUGGUUCAAAGUACAUUGUGUACACCGUGCACAAGGUUGCCCUUAUUGGGAGACAGUUCCACCUGGAAAGACUGAAUAUCGCUGUCAACACAAACUACCAGAUAAGUCAGGUAAAGUUUGCGGUCAAUGGAUGGUCCCAUUUAUGGAAGACAAUUUCGAUGAUAUGUGA